GGGGCAAGUGAGCGCCCACAAGGCCAAGUGCUUGCGCGUUCUUUCCCGCGGAAGUAGUUGACAUUUACAAGGAACAGCGUCCCGAAGGGUCUUUAGCUGUUUUUUAAGGGGGAACAGGCUUUACCCUCUUUGGACUUUUUCUUUUUUUUUUUGGAGAUGGAGUUUCGUUCUUUCGCCCAGGCUGGAGUGCAGUGGCGCGAUCUCGGCUCACUGCAACCUCUGCCCCCCGGGUUCAAGCGAUUCUCCUGCCUCAGUCUCCCGAGUAGCUGGGAUUACAGGUGCCCGCCACCACGCCUGGCUGAUUUCCUCUUAGGACUCUCUACAGCUUUCUUAUGAAAUCUUCCGACUGGGCCUUGAGCGAUAAGGUCUUUUGCUACAAUUUAGUGCUCUUUUCCUCACACUAAAUCGAAAACUCUCCCUGUUGGUCCUGAUCUGUUUCAGUCAGGCAAAUUACAUCCUGCGAAAACGUCAGAUGACAGGGGAGGCCACUCGCUUCCUGCUCAUCCAGUUUCGACGCUUUCUGUGCUUUCAUUAGCCUCCAGACCUCAGCCCUGGCCUUCGCUUUACUGUACAGUCAGAACUGGUUUCUACGCCUUGCGAGGGUGGGAGGUCGUGUAUGGGAGGAGGACCGCUUCCCACCAGCCUCGUUGGGAAGCCAGGAGAAAUCUCUUCAAAUCCUGCGAUUCAGAGUCAAGUCCUAGUCGUCCUUUUUCUGGUCGGCCCAGAACUGUUUGUGUCUCCUUCCUCAUGAGGAAUGAUGUCAGUCGGGCCGCGGUCGCCGCCCACGAAGAGUGUAAGGCUUCGAAGCAGGGGCUUUCCCGACGCCCCCUUCCUCCGCGUCUGCGUAGGGGAGGUGACGAGGGCGGGGCGCGGCGGCGCGGUGACGUCAUGGCCGGGCGCGGCGUGGGCGGAGCCUCACUUUGAACCCAGUUGGCGGGAGUGGCUGCUCGCCGAGGGGCCGUGGCCGCGGAACUGCUGUAGGCUGUCCAGCGAUGGAGCCCACCGCGGGAAGCAAGAAGGAGGCUGGAGGAGGCGCGGCGACCGAGGAGGGCGUGAAUAGGAUCCCAGUGCCAAAACCGCCCUCCAUUGAGGAAUUCAGCAUAGUGAAGCCCAUUAGCCGGGGCGCCUUCGGGAAAGUGUAUCUGGGGCAGAAAGGCGGCAAAUUGUAUGCAGUAAAGGUUGUUAAAAAAGCAGACAUGAUCAACAAAAAUAUGACUCAUCAGGUCCAAGCUGAGAGAGAUGCACUGGCACUAAGCAAAAGCCCAUUCAUUGUCCAUUUGUAUUAUUCACUGCAGUCUGCAAACAAUGUCUACUUGGUAAUGGAAUAUCUUAUUGGGGGAGAUGUCAAGUCUCUCCUACAUAUAUAUGGUUAUUUUGAUGAAGAGAUGGCUGUGAAAUAUAUUUCUGAAGUAGCACUGGCUCUAGACUAUCUUCACAGACAUGGAAUCAUCCACAGGGACUUGAAACCGGACAAUAUGCUUAUUUCUAAUGAGGGUCAUAUUAAACUGACGGAUUUUGGCCUUUCAAAAGUUACUUUGAAUAGAGAUAUUAAUAUGAUGGAUAUCCUUACAACACCAUCAAUGGCGAAACCUAGACAAGAUUAUUCAAGAACCCCAGGACAAGUGUUAUCGCUCAUCAGCUCAUUGGGAUUUAACACACCAGUUGCAGAAAAAAAUCAAGACUCUGCAAACAUCCUUUCAGCCUGUCUGUCUGAAACAUCACAGCUUUCUCAAGGACUGGUAUGCCCUAUGUCUGUAGAUCAAAAGGACACUACUCCUUAUUCUAGCAAAUUACUAAAAUCAUGUCUUGAAACAGUUGCCUCCAACCCAGGAAUGCCUGUGAAGUGUCUAACUUCUAAUCUACUCCAGUCUAGGAAAAGGCUGGCCACAUCCAGUGCCAGUAGUCAAUCCCACACCUUCAUAUCCAGUGCGGAAUCAGAAUGCCACAGCAGUCCCAAAUGGGAAAAAGAUUGCCAGGAAAGUGACGAAGCAUUGGGCCCAACAAUGACGAGUUGGAAUGCAGUUGAAAAGUUAUGCGCAAAAUCUGCAAAUGCCAUUGAGACGAAAGGUUUCAAUAAGAAGGAUCUGGAGUUAGCUCUUUCUCCCAUUCAUAAUAGCAGUGCCCUUCCCACCACUGGACGCUCUUGUGUAAACCUUGCUAAAAAAUGCUUCUCUGGGGAAGUUUCUUGGGAAGCAGUAGAACUGGAUGUAAAUAAUAUAAAUAUGGACACUGACACAAGUCAGUUAGGUUUCCAUCAGUCAAAUCAGUGGGCUGUGGAUUCUGGUGGGAUAUCUGAAGAGCACCUUGGGAAAAGAAGUUUAAAAAGAAAUUUUGAGUUGGUUGACUCCAGUCCUUGUAAAAAAAUUAUACAGAGUAAAAAAACUUGUGUAGAAUAUAAGCAUAACGAAAUGACAGAUUGUUAUACAAAUCAAAAUACAGGCUUAACAGUUGAAGUGCAGGACCUUAAGCUAUCAGUGCACAAAAGUCAACAAAAUGACUGUGCUAAUAAGGAGAACAUUGUCAAUUCUUUUACUGAUAAACAACGAACACCAGAAAAAUUACCUAUACCAAUGAUAGCAAAAAACCUUAUGUGUGAACUCGAUGAAGACUGUGAAAAGAAUAGUAAGAGGGACUACUUAAGUUCUAGUUUUCUAUGUUCUGAUGAUGAUAGAGCUAAAAAUAUUUCUAUGAACUCUGAUUCAUCUUUUCCUGGAAUUUCUAUAAUGGAAAGUCCAUUAGAAAGUCAGCCCUUAGAUCCAGAUAGAAGCAUCAAAGAAUCCUCUUUUGAAGAAUCAAAUAUUGAAGAUCCACUUAUUGUAUCACCAGAUUGCCAAGAAAAGACCUCACCAAAAGGUGACAAGAACCCUGCUGUACAAGAGAGUAACCAAAAAAUGUUAGGCCCUCCUUUGGAGGUGCUGAAAACAUUAGCCUCUAAAAGAAAUGCUGUUGCUUUUCGAAGUUUUAACAGUCAUAUUAAUGCAUCCAAUAACUCAGAACCAUCCAGAAUGAACAUGACUUCUUUAGAUGCAAUGGAUAUUUCGUGUGCCUACAGUGGUUCAUAUCCCAUGGCUGUAACCCCUACUCAAAAAAGAAGAUCCUGUAUGCCACAUCAGACCCCAAAUCAGAUCAAGUCGGGAACUCCAUACCGAACUCCGAAGAGUGUGAGAAGAGGGGCAGUCCCUGUUGAUGAUGGGCGAAUUCUGGGAACCCCAGACUACCUUGCACCCGAGCUGUUACUAGGCAGGGCCCAUGGUCCUGCGGUAGACUGGUGGGCACUUGGAGUUUGCUUGUUUGAAUUUCUAACAGGAAUUCCCCCUUUCAAUGAUGAAACACCACAACAAGUAUUCCAGAAUAUUCUGAAAAGAGAUAUCCCUUGGCCAGAAGGUGAAGAAAAGUUAUCUGAUAAUGCUCAAAGUGCAGUAGAAAUACUUUUAACCAUUGAUGAUACAAAGAGAGCUGGAAUGAAAGAGCUAAAACGUCAUCCUCUCUUCAGUGAUGUAGACUGGGAAAAUCUGCAGCAUCAAACCAUGCCUUUCAUCCCCCAGCCAGAUGACGAAACAGAUACCUCCUAUUUUGAGGCCAGGAAUACUGCUCAGCACCUGACCGUAUCUGGAUUUAGUCUGUAGCACAAAAAUUUUCCUCUUAGUCUAGCCUUGUGUUAUAGAAUGAGCUUGCAUAAUUAUAUACUCCUUAAUACUAGAUUGAUCUAAGGGGGAAAGAUCAUUAUUUAACCUAGUUCAAUGUGCUUUUAAUGUAUGUUACAGCUUUCACAGAGUUAAAAGGCUGAAAGGAAUAUAGUCAGUAAUUUAACCUCAAAACUGUAUAUAAAGCUUCAAAGCUUUUUUCAUCUAUUUAUUUUGUUUAUUGCACUUUAUGAAAACUGAAGCAUCAAUAAAAUUAGAAGACACUAUUGAGAGUGAGCCACUAGCUUGAUUUUCUUUCUCCUCUGAUUUCAGUUCACUGUUCAGUUUAGUAUUAAAAUAACAAAAUAAUCAUACAGUUCCAUUUGAUUGUAAUUUACCUGCAUAUGAUUACCUUCAAAAGCUGUGUUCUUGAGGGCAAUCAUUUAAGGCCAUACUUGUGAACUCAGAAAUGCAGCUGGAAGGCCAGGCGCAGUGGCUCAUGCAUGUAAUCCCAGCACUUUGGGAGCCCGAGGCAGGCUGAUCUUGAGGUCAGGAGUUCGAGACCAUCCCAGCCAACAUAAUGAAACCCCAUUUCUACUAAAAAUACAAAAAUUAGCCGGGCAUGGUGGCAGGCGCCUGUAGUCCCAGCUACUCUGGAGGCUGAGGCAGGAGAAUUGCUUGAACCCAGGAGGAGGAGGUUGUGGUGAGCCAAGAUCGCGCCACUGCACUCCAGCCUGGGCAACAGAACAAGACUCCGUCUCAAAAAAAUAAAGGCAGCUGGAAAAUUCCUUCGCUUAGUAACUCCUUUGGGGAAUAAGGAGUAAACAAAAAGACUAAGGCUUUCGCUUACUUUACUAAUGAUACAGUUUUGCCACCUUGAUUUCUGUUGGUGUGUAGUCCACAAUAUGUAUUUGUUUUAAAUAGUACUGGAGGCCGGGUGCGAUGGCUCAUGCCUGUAAUACCAGCACUUUGGGAGGUUGAGGCAGGCAAGUCGCUUGAGGCCUGGAGUUUGAGAGCAGCCUGGCCAACAUGGCAAAACCCUGUCUCUACUAAAAAUACAAAAAUUAGCCAGGUAUGGUGGUGCACACCUGUAGUCCCAGCUACUCAGGAGGCUGAGGCAUGAGAAUUGCUUGAACCUGGGAGGCGGAGAUUGCAGUGAGCUGAGAUCACAUCACUGCACUUCAGCCUGGGCAACAGAAUGAGACUCGGUCUCAAAAAACAAAAUACUACUGGAACAAUUAGGUGUGAUAUAAUGUAGCAAUUUGAAUAGCUUGUUCAAUUUUCACAGAAAAUGUGAUGCUUUACAUCUUAUUGUCAUUUAUUUAAAACAUGCAACAUUAUCAGAAACAGACUGAUCCUUAAAAAAUAAAACAUAAUUUUCUUUUGCUUAAUAAAUAUAACUAUCACAAGUA